UCGAUAAACACGUUGAGGAAGGCACCAGUUUCGAGUUGUUCAACAUGGUCGGUCUGUGUACACUUGACAUCCUGUUGAGAUGCGCCAUGUCGGUCAAGGAAAACAUACAGCAACAGGGGCAAACACACCCGUAUGUAAGUGCAGUGAAUGAUUUAUUCGCCAUGGCUACCGAUCGAGCCCUCACCCCAUGGCAUUUCCCUGACUUUAUCUUCUUCAACUCGUCCGUCGGGAAGAAGUUUAAGAAGCAGUGUGACUUUGUACAUCGCUGGGCGGAAGACAUCAUCGAGAAGAGGCGACAGACCUUGGAGAGAGAUGGACCCCCAAAAACCCGCUACCUCGACUUCCUGGACGUCCUGCUCAGUGCCAGAGAUGCUGAUGGCAAGGGCCUCACCCCGCUAGAGAUCAGGAAUGAAGUGGACACGUUUCUACUUGGAGGUCACGACACGACAGCAAGUGGGAUAUCAUGGACGCUGUUCACCAUAACCUCCAAACCUGAGUUCCAGACCAGAAUCCAGAAGGAACUGGACACAUUGCUGGACGGAAGAGAGUCCAAGCACAUCACCUGGGAUGACAUCCCCAAGAUGGAGUAUCUGACACGAUGUCUGAAGGAAGGAAUGAGGUUCCACUCGCCUGCUCCGUUCAUCAGUCGGCAACUGGAACAUCCUAUGAACAUCGACGGGAAGGUCUUUCCAGUAGGAACCCACAUUGCAGUGGGGAUAUGGCAUGUCCAUCACAACCCGGAAGUGUGGGAGGACCCGGAUGUGUAUGACCCUGAUCGGUUUCUACCCGAGAACAUCCAGAAGAAGGACAGCUACGCAUACAUCCCCUUCUCCGCUGGCCCGAGAAACUGUAUCGGACAACAUUUUGCCAUGAACGAGGAAAAGAUUAUGCUGGCAAGGAUACUUCACAGAUACAAGUUAGAGGUAGAUACAAGGCACAAAGUGGAACGAAGGAAUGCCGGUGUGAUGAAGUCUACUGAAGGACUGUGGGUGUUCGCUAGACACAGACACUGAACAUUCCAGUGUAUCACAGAAGGCACGCCCAUUCAAGAUAACAUACAGUCCUAGGACACACAUUCCAUUAUGCUUAACGGCAAAAUACCUAUGAAAACCAUUUGAAUAGCACACUGAAAAUCAGGAACACCAGGUAUUCAUUUCCGUGACCACCAUGGAUUAUGAUUCACGUUCUGGAUCAACACUGAAUUGUUUUGAAUAAUAAUAUGUUUCGUUGACGCAUGUCGUAUCCCAACUGCCUAGAUCGAUGCCCAUGCUAUCGAUCACUGGAUUGUCUGGUCUACACUCACAUGCCGUCGCCACAUAGAUGAAAUAUUGCUGAGCGCAGCAUUAAACAACAAACAAAGGAAUCAUUGUUGAAAGCCUGGUCGCGUAUUCAGGAAUUAAUGAGCAUUUUGAACAAUGUUCAGCGUUUGCUUGCAUGUUUCAUUUAAUUCAAUCAUGUUCCUUUAAGCAACCAUCAUAAAAUAUAUAACAUUGAA